AUACACAUAAUCCAUACAUGUAUAUAUUUUCUCUCUCUAAUCAGACAAGAGUCGCUCCACUUUUUUAACACACAUGACCGGCGGCGGAGGCGACCACCACCUGCCGCCGCAGUCUCCGUCGGAUAACAGCGGCGAAUUUCUCCUCCAGAUGCUCCGGAGGCCACCACCACCACCCCACCAUCCUCCAACGCCGCCGCAGCAACCACCACUUCUACCAUCCUCCCACACCAGACCUCCACCAUCACCACCACCACCACCACCACCACCGCCGCCGAAUCUCUCUCAUGAUCCGGCAGUUGCGGCCGUAGGUCCCACCCUCCCUUUCUCUCCAUUCCCAUCCAAUGGUCACGAUCUUCCGUUCCAUCAUCGUCCUCCUUGGCCUCACUCACCUCCAUUGGCACCUGACAACUUCUUCCUCCAGGGUUUUCCCCAAAACCCUAACCCUAGUUGGUCUCCUUCACCACCACAAAAUCCCCAUUUCAAUACUCAGUUUUUAGCCGACGAUAUUCGAAAACUAGGGGUUUUCAGUUCAAUCCCUAGACCGGACUCAUCUCAUCAGCAUGAUCAAAUCCUCAUGUUUGGCUCUGUUCCUUGCGAAAUUCGAAGCGAUACUUUAGCUUCUGCAGCUAAAAUCCAUGGUUUAUUGUCAAAGGAGAGAGAAUUAACCCAAGGGAAUAGGCAAUUCAAUGGUUUGGAGGCUAAUUUUCAAAAUUCCCCCAAUUUUAGUCCAAACCCUCUGGUAGAUUCGCAUGCUUUUCAGAAUCAAGGGCAAGAAAGAAGUAGCAGUGGCAAUUUGAAGCUAGGUGUUCUUCCCUCCAGGCCGCCACCGGGGUUCCCAACCAAGCCCAGUAAUUUGGGGAAUUUGGAGUCUGGGAAUAGGAGUUUUGAUCAUAAUGUGGAUAAGGAAAAGAUUAGUUUUGGUGAAUUGAGCCACAUGGGUUUAACUCCAAACCAUGACAAUGUGAGAGAAAAAAGAUUGCUUCUUGAUCGAAAGAUUCGUGGCGAUAAGAUGGCUGAACGGCGAUUAAGCAGUCAGUUUGGUUGCCCUGGCCCAUCACCAGGAAGUAACCUUCAUUCAGUUUCAGGAUCUGAUGUUGAAGAGUCUCUGUUGGAAUUGCAUGACGAGAUUGGUGAAAAUGAGAAAAAACCCAGAUAUAGGUUUCAGGACGACUUAAGGAGGCGUGGUGAUCGAGUUCGAAGUGAAUUAGAUGAUUUGGAUGAACAGGUUGAGGGCUCUUUAGUAUGCGAGGAUGAGUCUGAUGACAAGAAUGAUCAAAAGCCACAUCAGAGUUCUCGAGAUAAGGAUUACAGAUCAGAUACCAGAGGACAAAAGCUACUUGGUCGGAGAAUGAGGAACCUUAGAAGACUGAUUCCAUGUCGUCAUGAUAUACACAGGCUAAAUGCUCCUUUCCUUGCCAAUUAUGAGACCUUGAUACCACCGGAGGAAGAAAACGCGAAGCAAAAGCAACUGUUAACAUUAUUAGAGAAACUUGUUAGCAAAGAAUGGCCUGAAGCUCGGUUGCAUCUUUACGGAUCAUGUGCCAACUCGUUCAGGGUUUCAAAAAGUGACAUAGAUGUUUGCCUUGCAAUUGAGGAUCCAGAUGUGAACAAGUCUGAGGUUUUGUUGAAGUUGGCUGAUAUAUUGCAGUCAGAUAAUCUUCAGAAUGUGCAGGCUCUGACACGUGCUCGGGUCCCAAUAGUGAAGCUUAUGGAUCCAGUCACUGCAAUCUCUUGUGACAUAUGCAUCAACAAUGUUUUGGCUGUUGUAAAUACAAAGCUUCUGCGGGAUUAUGCACAAAUAGAUGUGAGACUGCGGCAGUUAGCUUUAAUUGUGAAACACUGGGCUAAAUCAAGAGGAGUUAAUGCAACUUAUCAAGGAACGCUUUCUAGCUAUGCGUAUGUCUUGAUGUGCAUUCACUUCUUACAACAGCGUAAACCUGCUAUCCUCCCAUGCUUACAGGGAAUGGAAAGAACCUAUGCUGUUACUGUUGACAAUAUUGAAUGUGCUUAUUUUGAUCAAGUUGAAAAACUUUCUGGGUUUGGAUCACGUAAUAGGGAAAGUAUUGCUCAAUUGGUAUGGGCAUUCUUCAAUUAUUGGGCGUAUUGUCAUGAUUAUGCAAAUGAUGUUAUAUCUAUUCGAACAGGAAGCAUACUCAGCAAGCGAGCCAAAGACUGGACUAGGAGGAUUGGAAAUGACCGUCACUUGAUAUGCAUAGAGGAUCCAUUUGAGAUUUCUCAUGAUCUGGGUCGAGUGGUGGACAAGAAUAGCAUAAGAGUACUGAGGGAGGAAUUCGAACGAGCUGCACAAAUCAUGCAGUUUGAUCACGAUCCUUGUGUAACACUCUUUGAACCAUAUAUUCUUAGUUAACUUGAUUCUUUGUUUCAGCAGUGUGGUUGUAUUUAUGGUGUUGGGUAUUUAUAGUUUUGUUGAUCCGGCUUGUAAAUUCCUUGGCAUCAUUUCUUCUUCUUGCUUUUGUUUUGUUCAUCCACAUAGACAGACGCGCACAAGCUAGUAUAUUUAUACAUAUAUAUAGCGGUUUUGGCUUCAAUUUGAUGUAAGAAUUGUAUAGAAUUUUAUAGAGUGCUUCCUAUAUUAGUCUUUUCA